UCCGUGUCGUGUCCUGGCUGUGCUCCUGGGAGGCAUUUUAAAGAUGAGGAAGAAAGGGAUAAAAAUAACCUGUUACGUAAAGCAGGCAUUUACAAAAUCGGAUCAGGAGACGAGACAUUCCCAUGCACUUACUUUUAGUGCCAGUCAGUGGGCACGGAUAUUAAACAGCCAAUGCAACUCGGAGAACCUGACAGUGAAAGUGGCUGUGUAAACUGCAGACUUCAUGCCAGUUUACUGGCUCAUCUGAAAGGAAUGCAACAAGGAAAAAGAUUAGUGAUAAGUAAACUGGAUAUUUAAAGUGUUGUCAGUUUUAAUCUACCAUUGUAUUAGCAACAGAGGAAAAGAAAAUGACUUCUGCUGAGAUGCUACCAUCAAGUACCAACACAGAGAAAAUCAAAUCUGUUCAACUGCCUUCCUGUGCAAAUCCUGGCAAUCCUGUGUUUUCCUGUAUGUUGGACCCAAAGACACUCACUACCAAUAAUUUCUUGACAAACCCUCAGCUUUUACUGUUUAAAACAACUUCAAGUGAAUAUGGUGCUAUACCACCUACCUCCCAAAUGGUACCAUGUACCUACCAUCCACAAGAUGAAACAUUUACAAAACAUUUGUUAAUUUGUGGUUUGACUCAACAUAAUUAUAUAAACACUGCCAUUGACAGAAGUAGGGUAUAUGACUACCCAAAUAUGCAGCAUACUCUGUAAAAGUGUACUAUCUUACUUUUCUCAUGUAUUUACUGAAAUACUACUCAUUUUAGUUUUGGGAAACAAAAUGCAGACCUGUUAUUUUUGUUGUCCAUUUUGGGAGUAAAGUGUCAAUACGUAUUACAGUAAAACACUUUUUUGAUCCUUGUAGUAAACAGGAUUUUAAGUGAGUAUUUGUUAAUACAUUUCUGUGCAUCAACCCAUACAUGAAUAAAAUAUAUCUCUUGAAA